ACGUGGGGGUAGACGAGAAGGCGUUCGGAUUGGUUAGAAGGCGUGGCCGAGAGACGCAGCUCUGGAGAAGGGAGCUCGUGUAACUUUAUGUGUUAGUUUUACGCCGGAGCUGAACAGAGCCGGAGAACGUUUCCCCGGAUGGAGCAGCAGCUUAAUGCCCGGGGCUUUAAUAACGGAGACAGAGAGGCUCUCAUGAAUUUACAAAUCCACAGCACCACCGGCACCCGCUAUGAACUUUCCGUACCGGCUGAGGAGACGGUGGACGGACUGAAGCGGCGCAUUUCACAACGGCUGAAGGUGCCCAAGGAGCGGCUCACCUUGCUGCACCGGGAAACGCCGCUGAGUGCUGGAAAACUUCAGGAUUUGGGGCUUUCAGACGGGAGCAGGCUAACACUCCUUCCUACGGUUGAAGCGGGACUCAUGUCCCAGAUGUCUCGCCCGGAGCAGUCUGUGAUGCAAGCCCUGGAGAGUCUGACGGAGUCACAGGUGAAUGACUUCUUGUCUGGACGAUCGCCUCUCACUUUAGCCCUUCGUGUUGGUGAUCACAUGAUGUUUGUACAACUCCAGCUGGCCCCUCAGCAUGCAGGGGGGUCUCACCUUCAGCAUCGUCAUUUAUUCACCAGAGGGACAGAACACAGCUCGGCCCCUCACUUUCGCACCCUGCAUACAAGUACGGCUCCUGCCUUCUCCAGACUGGCAGGUUGUGCACAGGGUUCUUCCCAGCCUUCUGUAUCGGCACCAGCUACAUCCACGCACUGCAAUGCACCCCACACCUCUUCCCUUACCAACAGUAUCUUCCACUCACGUGGAGAGGGUGUGACCGUAUCACCCUGUACAGAGCAGGUACAACGCAGUAGAAAUAGUCAAAGUAGUGAAGGGUCUAAUCCUUCUCCAUCUGGACGACCUCGAAAGCCUGGUGCCGUAAUAGAGAGCUUUGUCAACCAUGCUCCUGGUGUCUUCUCAGGGACCUUUUCCGGCACUUUGCAUCCCCACUGCCAGGACAGUACAGGGCGACCUCGCAGGGACAUUGGUACAAUCUUGCAGAUCCUGAAUGACCUGCUAAGCGCCACCCGCCACUACCAGGGCAUACCACCCUCGCUAACUGCACUCCGUUGCCACUCUCAAUGUGCAUCUGAAACAAAGACCACUAAGGCUACCUCUCCUCCUUCUCCACCACCACCACCACCUCCUCCUCCUCCUCCUCCUUCUACAACCAGUGCCCCACAGCAGACCAGUCGCCCUGCAGAACAUUCCAAGCCCCAAGCUCGCCAGUACAAGCCAAUUGGGGACCCUUUGCGACAAACAGAAAACAGGGCCACUCGCUGUAAAGUGGAACGUUUGCGGUUACUUAUGCAUCAAAAGAAACUGCGGCGAAAGGCACUGAGAGACUCCAGAGCUCCCUAUCCGGGGCUUCCUACUAGAAAGUCUAGUCGGACCAACAGUGACAGCAGCAUGUCCAGUGGAGAAAGCACCUUGGAGAUUGACUUUGAGGACUCCCUAUGGAAGCCAGAUGUCAAGGCUGAGCUGGUGGCAUAAGACCUACCACAGCAUCCUACUUGAUUCUCUCCAAGAGAGAAUUUCACAGGGCACUGUGUGACGACCAGGAGGACCAUAAAACUAGCAUUGGAUAAAAAAAAAAAUUGUGGUUGACUAAAACUCCUCAAGUGGUCAAGCUAACUUAGUUUUUUUUUUUUUUUUUUUUUUUGGACUUGAAUAAUUAAAGAAUUAAAAAAAUAUUUCUGCCUUAAACGCUUAAUUUGGGAGCGCUAAAGGCUUGGAUUGUAUCUGUGUUGUGGAGUGUGAAAGCAAUAAGGCACACUCUCUUGUUUUUGAGGUGGCAUUUAACCUCCUUACUCUUGGACCAGUUAACACAACACAAGAAUGCACAGAAGGGAACAUUCAGGGCCUGGGAAUAUUUCUCAGAACUCGCCUGCUCUGGGACAGAACCUCAGACAUGCUGCUGUUCAGGAUACAUCUGCCUCUUUGGGACUUAGUACUUUGGAAUUACGUGGGAUGGGGAUAACCAGGGACUUGUCUACAAUUCUUCAUCCCGAAUCAUCACCGUUAUUGUCAUAUGUAGCAUCAAUGUAUUAUGCUGUGGGUUUUUUUCCCCUCCUAUGACUGGUUCUGGGUUGGCCUGUUCUGCAUGCUGUGGCCCUCAUCCACCCCACCCUUAAAUAUUCAUGUGGUGGGGACAGUAGCAGGGAGGGAGGCAGCAUUCUUUGCUGUGUCCAAGCUAUCUACAUUUUAUCAUAUUUACCUCACAUGUUGGACUUUUUUUCUAUUAUUUUUAUUGCCUUGUCUCCAGAUCAACCGUUUUAGGACUUCUGUUUUAUCUGAAUGAAACUGGUUGUUUUUUUGUUUUUUUUUAUUAUUAUUUUUUUAUUAAAUGUUCUUGGAGUUGUAUAAAUUCUGUUAUUUGUCGGGGAAAUGAGCUCGGUCAAUUGUAUUGGUACAAUCUCUCUUCCCUUUCUCUGCACUGUUGGGUGUCUCUUCUGUCUUGCAUUCGCUGUGCCUACAGUGACGUACUCUCAGUUCUCUGUGUACGAGGUAUGUUUCCUGGCAGUCUGUGCGUGAGAAUUGUUAGUAUGCUUCCCCCCCCCUCACUUGUGGGUGUUGCAGGAAGAGGUGGUGUGUACUGACAUUCUGCAACACUGACAGAUUAGGCUUGGGCCCCUCUCUUUGACCCUUUUUUUUUUUUUUUUUUUUUCUUGCUUACCCAAUCCUGACAGUGAUUUCGAUAAGAGUUGAGUGGGCUGGUAAUGUCCUUUAACCCAGCCUGAAAGUAGGCAAGGCGUGGGCUUGGUAGAAACCACACUCCUCUUGAUCUACUGCUAGGUUCUUUGUUCUGAUUUACUAAAAUUGGAGUAAAGGGAAAUUAUAAUAAGCCUAGCAAUUGAUUUGCAUGUUUGCUCUCAUUCUUUAACCUGAGUGAGCAUAAGACAUGGAAUAUGAUUGCAAAGGGCAACAGUUCAUUGUAUGUUCUCUUCAGUUUUUAUUAAUCCUUUCUGUGUUUUUAAAUGUGGUAAUUUAAUUUAGCAUAACCCAGUUCCUCCACCUCCGUAUUAAGAUUUUACAAUAUGUGAACUGUCAUGUCAUGUAUUUACCAUAGUGUGUUCCAAGCAGUGACUUAAUCUUGAGUGCAUGAGUCUGUAUAUGAGGAAUGUCCUUUCUUGGAGUAUGGGCUCUUCUGGAGCUUUCAGUGCAAUCAAUAAGCCCUCAUUUUCACAGAAGCUGCAUUAUUUAUUUAAUUUAAUAUAUAUUUUUUUUUUUAUAUGGUUUUUAAGUUCCGGUUUUGUACAUUUGUACAUUUGUACCUCGGGACUGCCCCCUAUAGAUGGGGAUGGAUGUUGUUUAUCUAUCUUGUAGUACUGAGGGAGGAAAUAUGAUGGGGCAUAAAUCCUUAUGCAGCCUAAAAUGGAAAUACACUAACCAGGACAAAUGUAAACUCCAAGUAGACAUUUUCUCCAAAUUAAAGAAAAAUGUAGCUGGACCAAUGUA